AAGGGUAGAAAGUAGCGAGGGGAGGGUACAAAAUCCCCAGCCCUAGUUCCGCAAGCACUGAGCUGCUCCUAGGGGGUCCAGGCAACUCCGACUACCACUACUCACUUUUGCUCAGCUGUCGCAUCUUGCUGUCUCCAUCGAUGGUCGGGAAUUAAGCUGUCCCCCACCUACCUGUGUUGCUCACCAUGGAAGAGAUGGAGAAGACUGGUAUCCAGCUGCAGAGACCUAUAAAGACAGAGUGGAAUCCCCGGUGUGUCCUCUUCACCUAUUUCCAAGGGGACAUCGGCAGUGUGGUAGACGAACACUUCUCCAGAGCUCUGCGCAAUGUCAGGAGCCCCGAGGGCUUGAGCCCCUCGACCCAGAGCCCAGACGUGAUGCUGAGGAAUGAUAGUGACAUGCCUCCAAAUCAGUGGCGUUUCUCUUCCCAGUGGACAAAGCCAGAGCCAGAAGCAUCUUUUGCUUAUGGUGCCACCAACUGCAGCUUGAAUGGGCCCAGUGUCCCGAUGCCGGAUCAGUACCCAGUGCCCCUGGCGGGGAGCCCCUCCGAUCCGUCUGACGAGCUGUGGCAGUACCCCUUCCUGGGCAGCCCUAGCUCCUCAGAGCCUGGCUACUCUCACGCCUACUCCAGUGGGCACAUGGUUCUAGAACCCCAGUCCGAUGGAAAAUAUGAGCCCUUUCUAAGUCUCCUCCAGCAAGACCGACACCUCGCCCAUCCGCAGGAAUCCACCGUGUGGGAGGACUACAGCUCUGCCCAGGUAGCCGGAGGCCCCGGAUUGCUCUGCGACUUGCCUCCCAGCUCAGCCCACGAAAGCCAGUCGCCGGAGAGAAGAAAUGUGUUCUUUUAUUGAACCUCAGUCUGAAGAAGAGAAUUCCUUUUCCCAAACCUGCUCAUGAUUUUCUACUGUGAAUCCAGAGUCUAGAGAUGGCAGCGUCCUUAGUCUUUCCAUCACUAAAGAGCAUCGAGCCAAGAGCACAUUGCUGUUCCCCUUAAAAUCCGAACUUCUCUUCUUUGGCACCUACAUCCUGUGGCAGGAGUUUUCGCACUUUAGUGACUCACCAACACAUGGAACCGUGAAAAGAGCGGUUCAGGGAUGAGAACCGUCGCGGCCCCCCUGCCUGCCUCUCCCACCUUCCCUGUACCUGCUUCCCUCCUUAGAAAUCAGUGCCCUUACCCUCUACCAGCAGGGUUUUUCAAACCAAGACUGACCCUGGGGUGUCCUGUGGGGUGUGGUCCCAAUUUGCCCACUGAACAGAGUAUAUAGCAGGAACGGCGUGCAGCUUUCUAACCUUAACCCAGACCCUGGCCAGCUGCGCUCCUGUCUCUGCCAAAGGCAGAAUGAAAACGGGGUGGGCAAGACCCAUUGAGGAAGUUGAGGCUGGGCAUUGCCUGCAUCCUCAGAGUCUAGAAGGAAGCUGAGAAGGUUUGGGAAGGCUCUGGUGAAUGAAGUUUUUUGCUUGGAAUUUUUGAUACCUCCAUUCUAAAAAAAAAAAAAAAAAAAAGUGAUUCCAAAUGGGAGUUGUUGAGAAACCUGAGAAUGAACGUAUUGGAAAUUAGUUAGCAGACUGCCCCGUUCCAGACUGGGCCUCGACUAAGUUCUGUGCCAAGAGCAUUUCUUAGUUGCAGUUCCCCGAGUUUCUUUCUGCCCUCACUUUGAGGCUGGGGACACUGGCAUCACCCCCCCACCACCACCACAGGUGUUAAGCUGGACCCUGGUGACACCUUCCAGCCACCCCCAGGGGCCCACCUGGCUUGCACAAACAAUGAAGCCUUCCCCUUAGCUCUUUCAGUGUCAGUGACAAGGUCUCCCUAUCAUACUACUUAUUGAGGGUUAACGCCAACGUGACUCUUGGAUCUUUUUCCUCCCAUCUGCUGUGUAAAUAAAGACCACAGAUCUUGUAUGAGUGAAUGUGUGACCUUGGCAGUGUAAUACAGUAACUGUCUCGAGACUACGUUUUUUCCGAUGUAGUACAUAUGUUUCCUAGAUUUAGUGAGAGAAAAGAUACUUAGCUAAUACAGUUUCUCUCGGAGUUAUUUACCUUCAAAAGCCAUGUUCUUUUUUAGGUGAUGGAGAAAUUCAGGGUGGGGGCUGGUCCUAGCGCUUGUGAUGUGUAAUUAUACAAGUGUGUGCUUCUCUUGGCUGCUGCUGGAAAGAUUAAUCUGAGCUCAAAGAUAAUAUGUACCAUCAGGAUUGAACUCUUAAUAUGCUAUUUGGGGAAAAAGAAGAAAUGAUUCCAAGAAGGCUAGCAUCUUCUGCAGCCUGGUAAAAUCUGAUAACAUUUCCUUGCAGAUUCCGAAGCUCUCUCUUGGAUCAAGCUGAAAGCUGUAAUUCAUUUCCCCACAGUAAUAAAGAGGGAAGCAAGGUCUCCUGCCUCUGAGAGACCCCUGCCCUUCCAGCAUACACCAGUAAAUCCCCACACAGAUCAACUCCUGCUUCAUCCUG